GUUCCAGAUGGGCUCAUCAUCACAGGCAAUCCGAAAUCGGCUAUUACAUUUAUUUUUUGAAGGGAUUAGAAAGAUGCAGCUAUGCAAAUGGAACCUUUGGACCGGAUAUGAAAAGCGAUGGCGACGAUGGUUUCAAUGGCGGCCGCAAUUUCUGAUGGCUGUUACAGCGGCCAGCUUUUCUUUUCGGCAAAAUGGAAUCUCAGAUGAAGUGAUAAUGACAGAAGCAAAAACGAGUACCGACAAUGACUGCGAUGAUUGGGAAGUAGUGCGCAAUGAAGGAAAUUCGAAAGUAUUGCGAAGGUUACAUGCUGAUACCGGUUUAUAUGAAUUUCGUUGCUCAGGUUCAUACGAUGACAUAACAGCCAGUGAUUUUGUGGAUGCUCAAAUGGAUUUAAUUUUCCGAAAGAAGUGGGAUACAAAUGUUGAAAAAUUAGAGCUAGUUCGGAAAGAUGAUGAUACCGAUUCAGAACUUAUCCACUGGGUUGCUAAAUUUCCUUAUCCAAUGUACCCCCGUGAAUAUGUAUUUGUAAGACGGAGAUACGUUGAUGAGAAGGAUCACUGUAUUGUGAUAGCAAAUUGUGCAGUAGCAGACAGUGCUAAUAUUAUUCCACGGUGUGAAAAGAAAUAUGUACGUGUCGAGACUUAUCGAUCAAUAAUGGUAGUUCGGGCACACAAAACUUUUGAUCGCAAAGGAUUCGAUUAUGUUCUUUCAUACUACGACAAUCCUGAAAGUAAUAUACCGAAAUAUGCCUACAAUUGGUUGAUUAAUUAUGGCGGGCCGUAUUAUCUUCAUCAGGUUCAUGACGCUGCAAAGAAGUUAGAACAGCAACGAAUGGAAAUGUCGUUCAGUAACACUGAGACAGUAAAGGCGGAGAAGCUAACAGCAAAAGUUUCGAGUAAGGUAUCGAGUGACGGAAGAAUUGGUGAGCAGAAAGUUGACUCAUUAGACGUAUCAAGCAUGGCUGUAAAGGAAUCAGGGUUAACGGAGAAAGCUUCGGAAAAAAUGGAUACUGCUGACCUUGAAUUCGAGAAGUUGUCUACCGAUGUGCGAUUAUAUGACGAGAAGCCGAUGUCUUCACCUCUGGAGGAGUACUUUGUUUUUGUCGAUUAGUUAGUUAGGAUUAUUGAGGUUCAUAAUUGCACAUACCAUUGUAGUCUUUCUAGUGGAAGUUAGUGAACAGAUAGAAGCAGUGGCUUGGUUGCGCAGUUAUUAUUCACAUUCCGAUUAAAGUUACUGUUGCAGUUUGGUCAAGCUAAACAAGUUAUUGUAAAUGUUUCAAUUUCCUUUCUUUCCUCAUCUUCCACACUCAUUAUUUCUGUGAAUUUCUCCUGAGAACAAGUGCUACAACUUUA